GCGCCCACCAACAACAUCAACACCACCGUGGCGCUGAGCCUGCUUACCUCCAUCGCCUACUUUGGCGGCGGCCUCGUGAAGAAGGGGCUCGGGUAUUUCGCGAGGUACGUCAAGCCCACGCCCAUCUUGUUGCCGAUCAACAUCCUCGAGGACUUCACCAAGCCGCUCAGUCUGAGCUUCAGGCUGUUCGGCAACGUCCUGGCCGACGAGCUGACCGUGGCGGUCCUUACCUUCCUGGUCCCCUUCGUCAUCCCGUUGCCCAUUAUGGCGCUCGGCAUCUUCGCUGGCUCCAUCCAGGCGCUGAUCUUCGCUACCCUGGCGUCGGCGUACAUCGCAGAGGCGAUCGAGUGA